UCAGUGGCCAGAUUCACCCCUGGAAGUUGCGAUGAGCCUCCUCCUCUUCCUUGGGAGAUUUGCUAUUUAUAUUUUCCCAGUUUUUGCUUCCUGGGAUGUCACUUACCCCAGUGGCCUAUGGGCUGUCAAAGAUUCCUGUGCCGUGGUUCCGUGCACUUUCACCUUCCCCAGCACAAUCUCUGUCACAGAUGGGAUCACUGCCAUCUGGUUCAAAGAAGAGGAUAGCCAGCAGAUCACAGUUUUCCAUUCGAAGUCUCCCGAGACGGCCAACGCUCGCUUUCAUGGCCGCGUCGAACUGCUGGGGGAUGCCCUUGCGCAGAACUGCACCCUGCUCCUGCGACGCUUGGUGAGCGAAGACAGCGGCAAGUACCACUUCCGGUUUGAAAUUGACUCAGUGAACAGCUGGACGCAGAAGAGUAUGCUUCAGCUGACCGUCACUGAUAACCCUGAUGCUCCCACCAUUGCUUCCCUGGAAGAUCUGCAGGAGGGAGUGCUGGCAACUUUUAACUGUUCCAGUCCAUACAUCUGUCCCUACGACCACAGCUCCCUGCAAUGGUUUGGCUACAACCCCGAGACCACACGUGUGUCUGGGGUGGUCCAGCUUGACACCACUGCAGCCAUCUGGAAGCAAACUCUCCAAACAGCACUGACCUGGAAGGACCACCAGCACAAGUUGGGCUGUGAAGCAUCUGUUGGGACCCAGAGGGCAAGGGGGGAAGUGACUCUCCGUGUGGCACAUGCCCCCAAAGGCAUCAAGGUGACCAUGGACCCACCUGGCAAAAACAUCCGAGUGGGCGAUGCAGUGUCUCUGGUGUGCAAUGUUAGCAGCAGCUACCCAGAAGUCACGGCCUACAGGUGGUUCAAGGACGGCCUUGCCUCGGGGACGGAGCAGGUCAAAAACAUCCAGCAUGCUUCCCGCAAGGAUUAUGGCCUCUACCACUGUGAGGCAGAAAACCUGCUUGGCACGGGGGUGGCCGAAGCCGUCACACUCCUUAUUUUCUCUGCUGUGCUGUCAGUAAGUCCUUCCUCCAGUGUAAGAGAAGGUCAGACGGUCACCUUGACUUGUGACGUUCCUGGAGAAGACCAGCAGGAGAUCCACUACAGCUGGUACAAGAACAACAUCUGGUUCAAGGAAGGCACAGCCCGGAUCUUGAUCUUUCAGGAGGUGACUGUUGGGGACACCGGGUAUUACAUGUGCAAAGUUCAGAAUGACAAAGGAAGCGAGACGUCCCCGGCUAUCAGCUUAACGGUCUUCUAUCCUCCAAGGUCCCCAUCCCUCUCCUUGUUCCAGGAGACCCAGAGAGGGGAGCUGGCCAUUGUUCACUGCACGGUUGACAGCAACCCCCAGUCAACAUUGAGCCUUUUCCGGGACCGGCAACUCCUGGCCACCACUAGCUCACACUCGGCACCCAGCCAGCGGAUCGGCAUCACAACCACUCGCAACUCCUUGAGGCUAGAGAUCCAAAAGGUCAUCCCAGAAGACGAGGGGGAAUACCAGUGUGUAGCGACCAACAAGUAUGGGAAUGCCACCACUGCAAGUUUCUUCAGGACCCAAACUGCCAGGGUGGUGGCCAGCCCCUCCGGAGAGCUGGUUGAAGGCGAGCAAGUCACCCUGACCUGCACAAUCACCGCAGGGACUGAAGAGGAGACCACGUACACUUGGUAUAAGAAUGCCAGGUGGCUACAGCAGGGCCAGAAGGAUACUCUGGUCCUCUCUCCAGUGGUCAGCGGGGAUGCUGGGACCUUCCACUGUGUGGCUGAGAACAAGAAAGGAAGCCAUGCCGCACCACCCAUCACUCUGCGCGUGCUCUAUUCUCCGAGGCUGCCUGCGAUGAGCUCUUUCCUAGAGACCCAAGGAGGACAUCUGGGCACCCUCCAGUGCACGGUUGACAGCGACCCGCCCUCGGAGAUCACGUUGUACAAGGGUAACACGCUCUUGGGCUCCACCAGCGCGGCCCACGUGGCGACUGACCCAAGAGUGCACGUGGCAUUCUCGUAUAACACCCUGAAGGUGACCAUCAAGGACCUGGUGCUGGAUGAUGACGGGGAAUAUGCGUGCUCAGCACAAAACCACUAUGGAGAUGCCACGGCCACCAUGCAGUUCACCACGGAAGCCGCAAGAAUCACCAUCGCCCCAUCUCCAGAGGUCCGCGAAGGGGAAGCAGUCCGUCUCUCCUGCACGCUGAGCAGCAGCGUCUCAGCCUCGGCCAACCACUCCUGGUUCAAGGAGGGCGUCCGUCUCCCUGAGGCCUCGGGGCAGUCCCUGGUGUUCGAGCGAGUGGCCGUUGAGGACGCCGGGGGGUAUCAGUGCCGAGUGGAAAACCAAGGAGCCAGCAAGACCUCCAGUCCGGCCCUGCUGUCUGUGCUGUAUGACCCUAGGAAUCUUCACGUGUCACUUUUCAUGGAGACAGAGAGAGGAACAGUGGCCAUCUUCCAGUGUUCGGUGGAGUGCCAUCCCCCAGCCACAUUGGCUCUUUAUAAAGGAGACAACAUCUUGGCCACCAGCAGCUCAAAGACCGAUGCGGCCUCUCGCCGGAUAAGCGUCACAACCGGACGCAACGCCAUGCGCGUGGAGAUGACCGGUAUCGUGCCAGAAGAUGAAGGGAGCUACAACGUUACAGCCACCAACACGUAUGGAUCCACCUCCAGACAGCUGUACUUUCGGGUGCAGACGGCCCGGAUUCUGAUCACGCCGUCCCCAGAGUUGCUCGAAGGGAACAAAGUCAGCCUCACCUGUGACGUGAUGGGAAUCAUCCGAGAUGAGGCCAGCUUCUCCUGGUACCGGAACAGCAAACGCCUCCAAGGGAGCACAGGCGGCACACUCGUUUUCCCGCAAAUAACCCAGCAGGAGGCGGGGUCCUAUCACUGCAAAGCCCAGAUGCCAGAUCAGGAGAGCAUCAGCAUCUCCCCGUCUGUCAGCAUAACCGUUUUUUACCCCCCUCGGAAACCGCAGGUGGCGGCUUUCCUUCUUCUGGCGCAGGGCAGCCGGGUGGCCGUCAUCCGCUGCACGGUGGAGAGCGAGCCCCAGGCCCACCUUGCCAUACGCAAAGGCCAGGAGCUCUUGGCCUCCAGCACCGACUCCCGCCCUCCCCUCAACCCGCGGGUCAAGGCUUCCCCCACGUACAACGGCUUGAGCGUGGAGAUCUGGGACCUGGUGAUGGAGGACGAGGGGGAGUACCUGUGCGCCGCGAGCAACCGAUACGGCAACGGGAGCAGCCGGGUCGCCUUCAGGGCAGAGCCCGCACGGCUAUGGAUUUCUCCUCCAGACGUCCUUGAAGGGAACUCAGUCAACCUGACCUGUGCGGUUGACACUGACGCUGUUGGUGAGAUGCACUACACCUGGUUUAAGAACAACGAGUGGUACGCGGAAGGCUUGUCCAAGACUCUGCUCCUCCACCAGGCCACAGCGGCAGAUGCCGGGGCCUACUACUGCACCGUCAAGACCCGGGAAAGGAUGCGGAACUCGUCCUUAAGCACCUUGAACAUCCUCUAUCCUCCCAGGAAUCUGCUGGUGAAGUCCUUCUUGGAGAUUCAGAAAGGCAGGCUGGCCAUCAUCCUGUGCACCGUGGACAGUAACCCACCUUCUGUGCUCUCACUUCAUCGUGCUGACCAAGUCUUGGCAGCCAGCUCCUCCCAAAUCCGUGGGGUGCCGGACCUUAAGCUGGGUGCUGCUUCCUCCCCGAAUUCCUUGAGGCUCGAGAUCAAAGACGUCAGCCUGGAGGAUGAAGGAAGCUAUGAGUGCUUGGCGAGCAACACUGUUGGCAAAGCCCGUGCUUCUUUCAACUUCUCCGUGGAGACUGUAAGGCUGGUGAUCAAGCCUGUCCCAGAUGUGCAUGAAGGACAGCGUGCCUCCCUUAUCUGUGAAGAUGCUGACUCCCAAGCAUCAGCCAUUUACACUUGGUAUAAGGAUGCCAAAUGGUUGGGACAAGGUUCGGCCACCUCCUUCCCACUCCAACAUGUUACCCCCAGCGACACAGGAUCCUACUCUUGCCAAGUUCAAGACAAGAGGGGCAUCAGGACAUCCCCACCCAUCAUUCUGCAAGUGCACUAUGAGCCGAAGAAGGCCACCCUCACGUCCUUCCUGGAAACUCAGUCUGGAAACCAGGCUGUCCUGCAAUGUGCUGUGGAGAGCUACCCGCCCUCUGACCUCCUGCUGUACAGAGGACAUGUGAUUGUGGCUUCCAGCAGGACAUCUGGGAACUUGCCCGGCCAACGGCACAUCGUUCAUGCCUCUCACAACUCCCUGAAGCUGGAGAUCAAGGAGCUCCUUCUGGAGGACGAAGGGCGAUACCGCUGUCUGGCUAACAACACGUACGGGGCCUCUGCAUCGUCAAUACUCUUCAGAAUGGAGAAUGCAAGAAUCAUCACUGACCCAUCACCGGACGUUCAUGAAGGCACUAUGGCCAACCUGACCUGUGUGAUUGCCAGCCGGGCAGCAGAGCCUAUGAAUUAUACCUGGUACAAGAACAGCCGGUGGCUUCAGGGUGGACCCAGCCAAUCCCUCCUGCUGGGCAGGGUGGACAGAGAUGACACGGGUGCCUACCACUGCCAGGCAGCUGGAAGAACAGGCAGUGUGACCUCCGCCUCUGUCCUUCUGAACGUGCUCUAUGCACCGGAACGCCCCUCCUUAAGUGCCUACCUGGACAAUCAGAAUGGGAAGUUGGCUAUCAUCACCUGCAGAGUGAACAGCCACCCACCUUCCAGGCUGGCCUUGUACAAAGGAGGCCAACUCCUGGCUGACACCAAGAGCUUUUUCUCACCAGCUGGUCAGCGUUUCCUCACCUUCCCCUCCCAUAACAGCCUGAGACUGGAGAUUCGAGAUAUCACUGCACAGGAUUCAGGGCAUUUUGUGUGUCAAGCUCACAACCCAUUUGGCAACACAACUGGCAGCAUUGCCUUCAAUGCAGAAUUGCUCUCUGACCUGAACCUCUUCAAGAUCCUGGCGGGGAUAUCCACUGCCUUGGUCUGCAUAGCUGCUCUUUGCGGCCUGGCCUCCGCAGUGCAAAAGAACUACUCCCGGAUACACAAAGAGUGGAUAGCGUGGAAGCAUGAGAAAAGCAACAAGGAAGAAGUGGGGCAGGCUGAAAACAAAGAAGAUGCGAUCCAGCUGAAUGAAGACAGCCCCGAAACUCCUCCCACUGGACGACUCUGCCUCUCCUACAGAAGGCUGCCCCCAAAAGUGACUCCACCUGAGCCCAGCUGUACGAGCAUCUUGUGAACUUCGGGUGUGCAAGUGGCCCGAAGCCUGUGCUGAUCAGGCCGGACAAGGAGGAAGACUGUCUGUCUGAAGGGAGCUAUUCCAGAUCUUGAGUUAAUCCCUGCCCAAACACUCCCUUCGUCUCCCUCUUCAGCACACAGGGUUGGCCAGGCCCAACAAUCUUCACUCGUGCAAAAUGUUCAGAUCCAAAUUCAACCAUUUUCUUUUUUGAAAAACGGAGACUAUUUGGCCUUUUGCGCUGCCCCUUCCUUCCUCUUGGGAUGCCGGUUCUGAGUCUGUAGCUUCUUUUCCGCCCAGCCUUUCAGCCUGUCUCUCAAAGAGGCAGAGAAGUGGAUGCAUGGAGGGAUGUGCGCAGAUGCGCAUGGUGCUGAGCCUCCCCCUGUCCCCUCCUCUAUCUGCCCUUGGGCACUGCUGCUGUCCACUGGCCGGGUUGCGUCUGUCUGUUCAUCUCCCUGCGCAGUCUGUCGAGGCUUUACACUGCAAAACAGCUGAUUGUCUUAGUUCCAGCUUCACUGAUCUCUAUGCACCGUCAACUGCCCUUUCCCACUGCCAGCCCUCCAACCCAACAUUCCCCUAGCAACAGGGGAUUCCCCCCCGCCCCCGCCAUGUCCUGACUCACAGCAUCCAUGUCACUGUCACUGAUCCCAUCACAGGUCAAAUAAGUCCCUGUCCUGAUGUGUCUCACUGCCACCCUCAGAAGAAGCACCAACAUCCAGACUCACUCUACCAUGUUACUUUGCCAUCGCUUCUUUCCUUCUCCAGGAUCUUCAGUCAUCUACUGCUGGGUAUUUGGCAUCUCAGACCGAGAGAAACCGUUUUGCCUACGUCGCAGGAGGAGAACCGUGAGAGUCUGUGGUAGCCAAAAAUCAGGAGGAGCCUGGUAGCACUUUUUUAGACUAACAGAUUCUAUCAGGAGGCAGAAGCGUUCACAAGCUUGCUUGCUUAGUGUGAAAAAGUGCUACCAGGCGUUUUGCUGACAGUCGUCCUCAGAUUCUUGGCCAGGCGUUGCACAGUCGCAACUAUGGCUGUGUCAUUAGAGGUGAUGGUCUGUGCACUUUGUGCUCAGUGGCACCCAAGGGAAAGGGGCUAGAAUCUUGCACAGGGCCGUAACGCUCACCCUUUGGCAUGAUUUUGGCAGACGGCCUGUCCGUAGACCUCAUGUCAUUGCAGGAAAGUAUGGAAGUGGGAGGCAGUAUUGUUAGCAGAUUGCUCGGAAAGCCUUUGGCCCAGGAGAGAUCAGAAAAGUCACACACCAGGCAUUUCUAUAAAAAUAAUUUUAUCUACAGAAAGCAAAGGUAUUUACAGGCUCUCAGUGAGAGCUGCUUAACUCUACAUGCCUACACAGAAGGGAAACUGAAACUAAAACAAGUCCAGGCAAGUUCUUCUCCCCAGGUGCAAAAAUUAACAUCUGAAAAGAGGACAAUUAAAUUCAACCUCUUCACCUGGCCAAAAUGAUUAGUUACCAUAGUAACUUUAAUCUGUAGUAGAAAACAUAUUAACAAGUAUCACACUUCAAAUAUGUUUAAAGACAAAUUUCAUGCUGGGCAAAGUUAGGAAAAGUAUUAAAAAUAACACUCCCCACACUGUAAUGCCCUUAUAUAAAUGUAUUGUACAUCUGUAUCUGGAAUACUGUAUAUAAGUUGAGUCUCCACAUUUGGGAAAGGAUAUAAUAAUGCUGGAAAGGGGCAGAAGGGGGCAAUCAAAAUGAUCAGGUUGCAGGCUUAAGAGUCUUUGGAAAUGGAGCGGCUUAUAAGCUAAAGUAAUAAAAAUCAAAAUUAGAAGUAAAUAAGUCACACCCUUCCAUGUG